AUGUCAAGUCCAGAAAAUCCAAGAAUUGGGCAACUGAAAGCCGAGUUAGAAAAAAUUGGACAAAGUGUUGCAGAUCUUGAUAACCACAUAGAUCAGAUUUAUUUGAAAUACUUAUCACAGCUCGAAGAAGUUUAUCAACAAAAAAUGAAAGAGCUUGAAGAGUGGAGAGAAAAUGAAAUAAAUUCUGCACACAAGUUCCAAGAGGGCCAGGAAUACUUAAAUGAUUGCAAUUUCGAACACAAAUUAGUCGAAAUUCACGAUAAAGUUUCAGAACUUACAAAAUUCAAAGCAGGACUACUUAAAUCGCAAUUCCCUGAAGCAUCACAAUAUUUCGUCGAACAAGGAUACGAUUUUUCAUAUUUGGGUCUCGAUAACUCGUUAGCAAAGAAAGAAAAAGAUUUUCUUAUUACAGAAGAUACACAGCAACCACUUCUUACAGAUGAGGAAGCCCAAGCUGACAUAGAAUCAAUCCGUCAACUUGAUGAUUGGAGACCAAAGGGAAUUGAGCAAGGAAACCGCGUUUUAAUAGAAAUUCAAGGAAUGCCACCAAUCGUUGGAGUUGUUGGUGAUUUUCUUGAUAAAACAUUCGAAUUACAUCUUGAUUCCGGAAAAACACUCUUAAUAUCCAACUUAACUGUUAACAAUGGUCUUGCAAAAUUGUCAGUUGUGUAA